ACUAUACAGCAAAAAUUAAUUUUAAAAAACUCGAACGCAAUGAAAAGUAAUGAUCGAACGGAAAGAACAUAAAACUUUUAAAGUAAAUUGUUAUUAGACAGAAGCAAGAAAGAAACUUUUUAUAUUCUCUAAGUCGUUAUUUUAAUAUUUAAAUUUUGUGUAAAAUAAAAUUAAAAAUGUACAUCGGUGUAAAACUUAUGCGUAGGAUUAAAGUGAUUUUCGUAGGAGAACAUAGUGUGGGUAAAACAUCUUUAAUUACACGUUUCAUGUACGAUAGUUUCGACACCACUUACAAGGCCACCGUGGGCAUUGAUUAUUUAUCAAAAAUCCUCUACUUAGAAGAUCGUACACUACGUCUGCAAUUGUGGGAUACGGCUGGACAGGAACGUUUCCGUUCCAUAAUACCCUCCUACAUAAGGGAUUCGAAAGUGGCCGUGAUAGUAUACGAUGUUACAAAUAUAAAAUCUUUCGAUCUGACAACCAAAUGGAUCGAAGAUGUACGUGUCGAACGUGGUAAUGAAAUCAUUAUCAUGUUAGUUGGUAAUAAAAGUGAUCUGCAUGACAAGCGGCAGGUGUCGUCAGAAGAGGGAGCACGUAGAGCAGAAGAAUUAAAUGCCAUGUUCAUCGAAACAAGUGCAAAAAAUGGCAAUAAUGUUAAGGAAUUGUUUAUACGCGUAGGCCAAGCACUGCCAGAAAUCGAUUCACCGACGACUCCAACUGCAAACCGCAAAUUUUCCGAAGAUAUUCCGAUUUCUUUAGUGCAUCAAGUACAGAGUAAAGAAGAAAAUAACAAAAAGGAUAAUAAAGCAUGCUGUUCAUGCGGAAAUUAAGUUUACUUUAUUAUUUAUUAUUAUAUUCUCCAUUUUUGUUUAAUUUUUUUAUAAAAUUUUUAUUUUGUUUAAAUUAAAAAAAUUUAAUUGGUAUUACUUUUUUAUUAUUUGACAUUCCGGAAAUAGUUCAAAACGCUAAUAUAGU